ACUGCGAUGCGCCCCACAUGACCGAAGGCUCGCGCGCGGCUGCUCAGCUGCACGUCUGGCCCGGAGUCCCGCGUGGAAGCAGCUCUGGGCUGGAGUCUCCCGGCGUCCCUGCUUGGGCAGAGUUCAGGACCUGUUGCUCGAACCAUACGUGCAAAUUCAGGUGACCCAUGCCAAGGACCAGAGCCGACGGAUGGACCAAUGGGUUGCCUCCAUCCUUACACCUCACCCCCCACCUCCCCAAGGCACGCUCGCUGAGGAAGCCUUGAAGACUGCCCUUUUUGAUCUCUCUUGGGUGAUCCUGACCACCGUAGGUUUGCAGUCAUGACAUUUCAUUGCCCUACAUACUGCAAAAUGUCAUAGUGCUGAGCUCUGGUAAAUUGCUUUGGGGUGGAAGGUGCUGUCACUGACAGCACGAAGAGGAGGGGAAAUGGAGCUUGCAGAAACUAAAUUAGCCACAUUUUAAAUUUAGCCCCUGGUAAAGUUCCCCGUAAGACUGAGGAGGUGCAGUGCUUCUCUCUGUCCAACCUGGCUGGUCGGUCUUCUCUGGUUGCAGAAAUUGAGCCCCAGAAUCUGAUCACGAGUGCUGUUUAGAGCGGUUUCUGUAGAAAUGUAGCCUUGCUAAUAAAGGAAACAGUGCUUGGUCAAUCUACAGAGUUGUCUUCAAUUUUUCCAACCCCAGUCAUUGCCCUUUCUGUGUUUCACUGAGGCUUCUAACAGCUGGAACCAUUAAUGUGUAAAAGAAGAAAGGUAUGAGAAAUAAGCACAUCUAACUGGCUUAUUUCUCGGGGGCUUAGUUUAGAGUAGCUUGUUUCUCCGGGCUGGGACCUCAUUCCUUUAUUUAUUUCAGAGGGUGAGGUUUCAGUAAUGUUCUGUGUUUGAACAUUGUAAAAAUGUUUUCCUUAUUUUAAAAAGGGGGAAGGUGCAAGCAACUCUUGAAGUCUUAGGAUACCUUAAACUUUGAACUAGGAGAGUGUGAUAAUACGUAAUCCCACCAAAACAAUGGUGUAGGUAUUAUUAUAUACCCAUUAUAUAGACGAGCCCACUGAGGUUCAGAGAAUUUGGUAUGUCUAAGGCCAUACACACAGGGAUGGAGCUGAGAAUGGAUUACAGGUUUUUAAUUAACUACAGGUUUGUAGGCUGAAGAUGUCUCUUUUCUUCAAUUCCCCAGUUGUUGACUGGAUCAUUUUGUUCGUUGAUUAAAUUGGUGGCUUUUUAUUUCUUUUUUUAAUGUUACAAAAUGUCACAAAAUGGGUCAAUUAUUGAAAAAAAGUCCUAAUCUUGUCUUUAGAAAACUGUUAAACUAUCUGAAAAUCUCAUGCAGAUAGUACAGACCUAAAUGUCCUCAUCUUCACUUUGCUCAUUGACUUAAUAUAUGUUCAACAUUUGAGCCAUUUCUGUAGAAAAUUGAAUUCAGCAAGGACUUUGUGGAUUUCUUAAAUUUUUUUUCUGAUUUCUCUUUCCUAAUGACUUGUAGGUAUGCAUGUGUCUGUUUCUCUAUGGUUAUUCCUUCCAUACUGCCCUUGUACGAGGUAAAAUAUACCGAAAUCUUUUUUGAAUUGCAGACUUUUUCCUUCUAGUCCUUUUCACAGAACUAGAGCAAUAUAGAAUUGGUUUGAGAAAUAGUGUAAGUCCCUCAGAAAGAUCCCUACAAUAUCUAGCAUUCGUCAUUAAACGGUUGUUCUCAGAGUUGCCUCUGUGUACAAAAAAUGUAAAUGUGUUAAAAGCCAUGCUUGUAGAAAUAUGAUCCUUUGUUAACAAGCCAGUGUAAAUUAAUAUCUCAGUUGCCGAAAUCCAGGAAUAAAAUGUUUUGUGGCUAUCCUACAGGAUAUGGCAUUUGGCAUUUGGGAACAGAGAGAGUAGUACCCUGACAAGCAGAAGGUACUGUUUUACAAGGAAAGAUUUUUACACUGGAGUCAAGAAGUGGGUGGAAGGCAUAGAGGAUUCGUGGUAGUGAUGGGGCAUCAACGAUGAAAUUGAGUUAAUUCACAUUUUUUCAUCACCUAGAGAUCCAAGGUUUAUUUAGAAACUCACACAGUUAAAACAAAUGGACCAACUUAUUUAUUGGGCAAGUACUCUGAGCCAGGUACUGCUAUGGGAAUGGUAUUCAAGCCUCCCAACAACCCAGAAAGGUAGAUAUUAUUUUUUCUAUUUUAAGAUGAGAAAGCAGAGGCACAGAGGGGUUUGUGAACUUUUCCAGGGUCACACAGCCAUUAACUUAAGCCUCUUACUCUUUCCAGUACAUUUUGAUACCUACCCUUGAAGGCCUUCCAUGAAGAACCUAGGGUCCCAGGUUCUCAACAAGGGCCUAGUGGUUCUUAUGGAAGUUUCUGCAUCAGAAGUCAGUGCCAGAGCCAUGCAGGAACUCUAAAAUGAGGGGACAGGAGGCAGGUGGACAAGGGUGCCUGACGGGAUAGUCCUGGAUAGCUCUGACCAGGGGUUGCUCCAUGGGAGAAGGAGAGUGGCCCUGCAGAUAUUGAGAGUGUAGGGCAUUACUAGCAUUGACCUGGGAGGGGAUGGCAGUUGACGUUCCAGAUGAGGCUCCCAGAGGGGAGAGGCAGGGAAGUAAGUACCUCCACCCCCCUCGGAAUGCCUUCUGUUGUGCUCUGUCCUCUUAUCCUCCAUAUAAAUUAGGGAGCCUGUGAGACUUGCUUCCAUUUUAAUUGGACUUGGCCGCAACCUCUCUCUCUUUAAAUAUUCUUUUCUUAUGCUUUGCCAGUUUAUGGCCUUUGUAGAUCAAUCCUUGGGUUUCAUUUAGGGGAGAGGAAAAAAAAAGCAAAGGUUAGUGAUUACCUAAAUUGGAUUAAGUUCUGUCUAGCAGCGUUUAAAGAAAUGCUGCUUGCUGUCUAAUUACCAUCAACUAGGAAUUUAAACGGUCUAUUAAAUUUAAGCUGACUUUUAUUUUUUUUUUUUAAACUCCCUGAUAUUUCCAGCUGUAAUGUAUUCUGGGAUUUUUGAGGCUUUUAUGUAUUCUUCUCAUGCGUAAAGGACAUUCUCUGCCUCCCCCAUUUUAAAACUAUUACAUUUCUGUAACAGGAUAAUAAAUGAUGUUGUUAUACACAGGCGUCAUUAAAGAGAAGAAGCUCAAAGCCAGGUUCAGCUGGCUCUGUCAGCCUCAAGAGCAACUUAGUUAACUGAGUUAACCCAGAAGUAUUCUGGAGAGGAGUAGAACUCAUCCGGAUCACUCUCAUUUCCUCGUUUGACCAUGGCCUGUGGGAAGACCUGGUAAACAUCUACCCCCUGCCAAACAAUCCAUCAUUAUUAUUUGCACAGUUUAUUUGGCAGAUAACUAUAUAUUACAUAAAAUUCUGUAUUUGCCCAUAUGUUAAUCUCUCUAGGCUUUCUUUCUCUCUCCCUCUCCUCAAUUUUGAGGUAUAAAUAUAAGAUUUCUCUAUCACACAUAUCAGUAUUCUGGUUUCGCUGUAGCUGGUUGCCAAAUGCCAGCAACACCUAGUUUCUUGCUCUCUCCUUUCUUUACUUGUUAUAGAACUUUCUCCAACUUUGCUGGUUCUUUUUGACACAGGCUGCGAUCUUCUAGUUUUGUUGAAGGCAUCUUUGACGGCAGUUGGGUUUCCAGCAAAUACUAGGAUUAAGGCACGAUGUUGGACCGCUUCAGCUGUUUAGGAGUAUGUCGGCUUAAUUUGAGCCUGUAAUAUUAUUAUAGCCAAAAGAAUUUGUUUUUGUCUUCUUCCCAAGGACUGGGGGCAAACACCCACCAUUAGCUCUGACGUGUGUCUGUGUUAGCCUGCACUGAGCUGCCUCAAACCCUGUUACAACCUGCUCGUGACCUCAGCUGCGUAAAUCCUCGGGGUAAACCCUUUUUACGCUUGCUGUUUAAUUCUGCAUGCUUCUUUGGAACUGGUUUAGCAUCAUUCCCCAGAAGUCUUUUGGGGAGAUUGCAUCCACUCUGCUGUCCUGUUGGAGAACUCUGCUUCGUCAUGCUGGCUGCCGGGCGCCACCACGGUGGGGGCUACUUUCCUUAUAAAAUUUAGGGGGGCAGCAUCCGUGGGUAAACACAGUAAUCCUCUGUGGUGCUGGAGAUAAUUUUUUUAAACAAAUUAUUCACCAAUAGGACAGUAGACCCCUUUCAGGCUUCAUGACAGCCCCCCACCCCAAAGGUCGGUAUCCUCUUUUCAGAGAGGCUGAGCUGUUGAAAGAGCCCAUGCUUUGCUCCUAACUGGCAUCGUGGAGUUUUCCUAUCUAUAAAAUAAUGAGAUUGGCCCACCACGGAGGUUCCUUUCUGUUCUAAAAUUCUGUGGUUGCCAAGGAAGCCGGUCGAAAGCUGUGCUCCUCAAAGUGUGCACGAGUCACCCGGAGAGCCUGGUGUUGGCUACAUUUUUGUGAUUUUAAGAAAGCCUGAGGGCGGGAAGGCAGCCCCGGGAGAAGCCCUUUUCCUGGGCAGUGAGAACCUUCCGGUGCUAGAGGCGAAGCCGAACCCUCACCUGGACUUAUGACCCGCGGCUUCCCUCCCAUUCUGCCCGUCGAGUUCCACAAGAUGGGCUCCUUCCGCAGGCCCAGACCGCGCUUCAUGAGCUCCCCGGUGCUCAGCGACCUGCCCCGAUUCCAAGCCACCCGGCAGGCUCUGCAGCUGAGCUCCAGCUCGGCCUGGAACAGCGUCCAGACUGCUGUGAUCAACGUGUUCAAAGGGGGUGGCUUGCAAAGCAACGAGCUCUAUGCACUGAACGAAAACAUCAGGCGGCUGUUGAAGAGUGAACUUGGAUCGUUCAUUACAGACUAUUUCCAGAACCAGCUUCUCGCAAAAGGACUGUUCUUUGUGGAGGAGAAGAUCAAGCUGUGUGAAGGUGAAAAUCGCAUUGAGGUUCUGGCUGAAGUCUGGGACCACUUCUUCACUGAGACUCUCCCCACCCUGCAGGCAAUAUUUUACCCAGUUCAGGGCCAGGAGCUGACCAUCCGCCAGAUCUCCCUGCUGGGCUUCCGAGACCUGGUCCUGCUGAAGGUGAAGCUGGGCGACUUGCUGCUGCUGGCCCAGCCCAAGCCGCCCUCAUCCAUCGUCCAGAUGUUGCUCAUCCUGCAGAGUGUUCACGAGCCCACAGGCCCGAGUGAGGGUUACUUGCAGCUGGAGGAGCUGGUGAAGCAGGUGGUUUCUCCUUUCCUCGGCGUCAGCGGGGACCGUGGCUGCUCAGGCCCCACGUACACGCUGGGCAGGCGGCACUCCAGGGUCCGGCCCAAGGUGACUCUGCUGAACUUUGCCUCGCCCAUGAGCACGGCCAGCCGGCCGCUGAACGAGAUGGCCCUGACGCCACUGACGGAGCAGGAGGGGGAGGCCUACCUGGAGAAGUGCGGCAGCGUGCGGCGGCACACGGUGGCCAACGCCCACUCGGACAUCCAGCUGCUGGCCAUGGCCACCAUGAUGCACUCAGGCCUGGGGGAGGAGGCCGGCAAUGAGGACAAGUGCCUGCUCCUGCCGCCCAACUUCCCCCCACACCCGCGGCAGUGCUCCAGCGAGCCCAACAUCACCGACAGCCCUGACGAACUGGAGGAGGGGGCUGGUGGCAGCCAGGAGGGCUCAGAGCUGAACUGCGCUUCCCUCAGCUGAGCCCAGGGCGCGGGUCUUCCCAGCUCCUGCUGUGCAGCCAGGAUGCAAACAGCUCCGUCCCAGUGGGCAGCCGAGGGGCUCUGCCUUUGGGCAAUGCUGCCUUAUUUCUUUUAGGGUACAGGCCUGGUUGAAAUGCCCUAGGAGGUGACCCCUGUGGUAAACCUCUUCAUUUUGGUGACUGUGACCCCCUCCUUGCAGCCACAUAGACCCAGUUGCCGAACGGUCACUGUCUCACUUCCAGCCUCGCCUGCCUGACUCAGAUCCUCGUCUCUGGGCCUUUUCCCCCCGGAUGUUGGACUGCCAAGUCCUCCCAGUGACACAGCCAAUGCCCUUGGCAUGACUGUAGCCGUGAGGUUGUUGGGACACACACAAAACCACCAAGCAUGCGUAGGUCUUUGGGGUUCCCCGGGAGGUUCCCUGUGAUGCUGAAGCUUAUGCAUGAAGAGAGGAGCGAGGUCACCCCUUUCCUCUUUUGUGUGGAGUGAAAGUGGGCUGCACCCCUGCCAAGCAUGGGAACGUGGCUUCCUUAUUUUAGUUCCAGAAUGACUGGGAAAGAGCUGCCCCACUGCCUUCACUGCAUCCAGGUCCUGUGCUGCCUACACGAAGGCUUUGGCUUUCGGCCCGGAAGGCGGCAAGGCUGGGGCAGCCCCGUCUUUCACUGAACGGCGCGUUUCCCUCUCAAGUUUCCCCCAAGCUCAAGGAACUAACCUCCAGAGGAGUAGCUGCUGCCCGAACCUCUCUCUCAUUUCAGAAAUGGACCGAUUUCUUAUUGUGGGUAUGAGAGGCUGGCUGAUACCAACCAACUAGUCUGUACCUGGAUUUGACUUGAAUUUUUAACAUGUGUAUUGUUUCCAAAAAAAAAAAAAAAGUUUGCAAAUAUUUGCACGUAGGAUCUUGCACUGUUCAUUUCUAAUGGGGUGUGUUUUCGAACUAAAAAACAAGCAAACCCCCUGGGAAAGGAACCUGGAAAUGGUCCAGAGAAAGUGACCCAUGGCAAGCAGGGCUGUUACGCUGCAGAGCUCUGGAAGCAGCUGGAUUUGAAUCCAGAACGCCCUGUGUUUGUGAGUGGUUUCUAGGAGAAGCUGCAUUGGAGUGGGGAGACUUCAGUUUGCCUCAUGGGCAGAGGACUGUAGCAAAUGGAAUGUUUCCAUGCUUCAAAGCGGGGCGGGAGGGUGCGGGCAGGAACUUGGGGAGGGAUGUUUAUUCCCUGUGAUUAAAGAAGUGCCCAGAAGUGCCUGGAAUUUCUAACAUGUGAGGGCUCAGAGUGCCAUUUGGGGACAGCCGACUCUGGCACUGUGCUGGUCCUUAAUACUGCUCCCUGCGGGUCUGGGGCUCUUUAUACACCUUGAAUCCCUGCCCACCUCCACUGUAUUUGCCGUCAGCCUCCCUGACAACAGCUCCAGGAAAAGAAACAGCUCCCCUGACCGUCCUGCCAGUGUUUAUGAAGUCUCAAGGACGUGAGCCACCUUGGCUUCCAGUAUGGCAAGUGGGGGCUGGGCAGAAGGCAAGGUUCAGUUUAAGCGGCCAUCGGGGGAAGAGACCUUCUAAAUUCAUCUAAGUCUUUUUUUUUUGAGACAAGAGUCUCACUUUGUUGCCCAGGCUAGGCUGAGUGCCGUGGCGUCGG